AUCAAUGUUUUCUUUCGGUUGAACGAAUGUUUCGAUUUACCUUAUUUUCCGAAAAAUUUUACGUUUCGUGUUAUUCAAGGUGAACCAGCGAGUCCUUCUGAUGUGCCUUAUCAGCCUUCAAAACGAGAUCAAAAUAUGAUAGUGAGAUGUUUUACACGUUUUGUGGUGGCGCCCUCAUUGGCAGCUCUAAGAUAUUGACGGCAGCACAUUGUUUCGUUGGAGAGAAUAAUGUUAUAUUGGCCAUCUGCAAAGGGUACACAUAUUUGCAAGAUUUAACAGACAAGUAUGCUGUUGCAGCGUCAAUCAGAAAUAUGGCUCGUCAAGAAGAACCACACGAGCAGUGGAGACCUAUACAUAAUGUUAGAUAUCCUCCUUCGUAUAAAUUCCCGCAACAUGAUAUAGCUGUUGUGUUCGUAUUGACUCCUUACACUUUAAAUAAUUUAGUAAAACCUAUUGCAAUAGCAAAUACCUAUGAAAAUUAUGAAGGUUACUGCUUGGUAUCAGGGUAUGGUGAAAUUUCGAAUAAGGUUUCAUCUGACACCUUAAUGAAGGGAUAUGUGUUAAUACUUGCGAAUGAGAAAUGCCCUCGCAUUACUCAAUAUAGAAAUUUAGAUUAUAACAUAUGCACAUCAGCCAUUGGAGCAGAAAUUGGGAGAUUUCUUCGCCCCUGGUGUCUGCUGGGCCUGAGUGCUGUCUUUCAAGUUAGGGAGAUUCAGGAGGCCCUUUAGUCUGCACAAGGACAUACGCUGACACACAUAAAAGUGAAAAUAUUUUGGUUGGUAUUGCAAGUGGCGCAUACCCUGGUCAAAAUGCUUUCUUCUCGAGGGUUUCGGCGUAUAGCAACUAUAUUCAUACCCGAAGCAAGUGUA